AAGCAGUCAAAUCCAUUUGGUCCACAACUGAUUUUGAUCUCCUCAGACAGAAAUCACAAUUCUAUUUCAACCAUUUGAAGACCAUCUUUGUGAAUUGCUUAUUUUCGGAAAGAUCUGGAAACAGUAAGAACAGCAACAACAAGAAGAACCAUUUGCCACAUCACACAACCAAAACGACACCAAGAACAACAACAACAAGCAUGUUAGCCAAACCAGUUUCUUUGCUUCAAGUCUGUUCCGUCUUGUUGUUAACGCUGGCCCUUCUCCCAGCGCACCACCCAAACGCUGCCUCGUUGCCAUCCAGUCCAUGCAGCGAACACCACAACACGUCGCUCGACGGCUGCCUGCACAUCCUCGACGUCAACGCGAGCCAAGCGGAAUCGGACGGAUCCUGCAACAUCAACGUAUCCAGCGAUGCCGUGUCCGAACUCUCCCUCUGUCCGUGGACCAGCUACGUCCACACCGACGUCAACCGCAUCCCGAAACACAUCAACGCCGCAAAGUGCCGCUGCCAGAAGUGUGCAAUACCGGAGUCGCUGAACGUCUGCUCCCCCAUAUACAGGGUGAUGAAUGUGCUCAGGUACGAUACAGACCAGGGGUCCUAUGUGCACGCCUGGGACAAGGUGCCGAUAGCCUGCACGUGCCACGCCCCUCAGAUACAAUAUGUCAAUGCAAAAGAGCAAUGGCUUCAGCCCUCGGAAUAGUCCUAACGAUAAUUACUUAUAAUUAUUAAUGUCCAUGUGUCAGUACGGAACAUGGGCAUUAAAUGAUGACAAUGAUGACGACAGCAAUGGUUACAAUGAUGACAAUGAUGAUUUUGAUG